CCGUCGCGAGCGAGUGCGCCUGCGCGACGGCCACUCCGCGCGCCUCACCGCUGUCCUCGCGCCGGCUGGCUGCCCGAAGGUUCCUGCCGCGCUUCCCGCCCGGCGUCUCGGCUCGGCGGCGCACCGGCGUGCGGCAUGUCACGGCGACGGCACAGCGACGAGAACGAUGGGGGACAGCCACACAAAAGGAGAAAGACCUCUGAUGCAAAUGAAACUGAAGAUCAUUUGGAAUCUUUAAUAUGCAAAGUAGGAGAAAAGAGUGCAUGCUCUUUGGAGAGCAACCUAGAAGGCUUGGCUGGCGUUUUGGAAGCUGAUCUUCCUAACUAUAAGAGCAAGAUCUUAAGGCUUCUUUGUACAGUUGCACGUCUGUUACCUGAGAAGUUGACAAUUUAUACAACAUUAGUUGGACUACUAAAUGCCAGGAAUUACAACUUCGGUGGAGAAUUUGUAGAAGCCAUGAUUCGUCAACUUAAAGAAUCGUUGAAAGCAAACAAUUACAAUGAAGCUGUAUAUUUGGUCCGUUUUUUAUCUGAUCUUGUGAAUUGUCACGUCAUUGCUGCCCCAUCAAUGGUUGCUAUGUUUGAAAAUUUUGUAAGUGUAACUCAGGAAGAAGAUGUGCCUCAGGUGCGCCGAGAUUGGUACGUGUAUGCAUUUCUAUCAUCUUUGCCCUGGGUUGGAAAGGAGUUGUACGAAAAGAAAGAUGCAGAGAUGGACCGAAUCUUUGCCAACACUGAAAGCUAUCUUAAAAGACGCCAGAAGACUCAUGUGCCCAUGUUACAAGUAUGGACUGCAGAGAAACCGCAUCCACAAGAAGAGUAUUUAGAUUGCCUCUGGGCCCAGAUUCAGAAAUUGAAAAAGGAUCGCUGGCAGGAGCGGCACAUCUUAAGACCUUAUCUUGCCUUUGACAGCAUCCUGUGUGAAGCACUGCAGCACAACCUGCCUCCUUUCACACCACCUCCUCACACUGAAGAUUCGGUGUACCCGAUGCCAAGGGUCAUCUUCAGAAUGUUUGAUUACACGGAUGAUCCUGAGGGUCCUGUAAUGCCAGGGAGUCAUUCAGUGGAAAGAUUUGUAAUAGAAGAGAAUCUUCACUGCAUCGUUAAGUCCCACUGGAAGGAAAGGAAGACUUGUGCUGCACAGCUAGUGAGUUAUCCUGGGAAGAACAAGAUCCCCUUGAACUACCACAUAGUUGAGGUGAUCUUUGCAGAGCUGUUUCAACUUCCAGCACCCCCUCACAUUGAUGUGAUGUACACAACACUUCUCAUUGAACUGUGUAAACUUCAGCCUGGCUCUCUACCCCAAGUUCUUGCACAGGCAACUGAAAUGUUAUACAUGCGUUUGGACACGAUGAAUACUACAUGCGUAGACAGGUUUAUUAAUUGGUUUUCCCAUCAUCUAAGUAACUUCCAGUUCCGUUGGAGCUGGGAAGAUUGGUCAGAUUGUCUUACUCAAGAUCCAGAAAGUCCCAAACCAAAGUUUGUAAGAGAAGUUCUAGAAAAAUGUAUGAGGUUGUCUUACCAUCAGCGUAUAUUAGAUAUUGUCCCUCCUACCUUCUCAGCUCUAUGUCCUGCAAACCCAACCUGCAUUUACAAGUAUGGAGAUGAAAGUAGCAAUUCUCUUCCUGGACAUUCGGUUGCCCUCUGUUUAGCUGUUGCCUUUAAAAGUAAAGCAACCAAUGAUGAAAUCUUCAGCAUUCUGAAAGAUGUACCAAAUCCUAACCAGGAUGACGAUGAUGAUGAAGGAUUCAGCUUUAACCCAUUGAAAAUAGAGGUCUUUGUACAGACUCUGCUACACUUAGCAGCCAAGUCGUUCAGCCACUCCUUCAGUGCUCUUGCAAAGUUUCAUGAAGUCUUCAAAACACUAGCUGAAAGUGAUGAAGGAAAAUUACAUGUUCUAAGAGUCAUGUUUGAGGUCUGGCGGAACCAUCCACAGAUGAUUGCUGUACUAGUAGAUAAGAUGAUUCGUACACAGAUUGUUGACUGUGCUGCAGUAGCAAAUUGGAUCUUCUCUUCAGAACUAUCUCGUGACUUUACUAGAUUGUUUGUUUGGGAAAUUUUGCACUCCACAAUUCGUAAGAUGAACAAACACGUUCUUAAGAUCCAGAAAGAGCUAGAAGAGGCUAAAGAAAAACUCGCAAGGCAACAUAAACGGCGAAGUGAUGAUGAUGACAGAAGCAGUGACAGGAAAGAUGGGGCUCUUGAGGAACAAAUAGAAAGACUGCAGGAAAAAGUGGAAUCUGCUCAGAGUGAACAAAAGAAUCUCUUCCUUGUCAUAUUUCAGCGUUUUAUCAUGAUCUUGACUGAGCACUUGGUACGAUGUGAAACUGACGGGACCAGUGUGUUAACACCGUGGUAUAAGAACUGUAUAGAGAGGCUCCAGCAGAUCUUCCUACAGCAUCACCAAAUAAUCCAGCAGUACAUGGUGACCCUUGAGAACCUGCUCUUCACUGCUGAAUUAGACCCUCAUAUCCUGGCUGUGUUCCAGCAGUUCUGUGCCCUGCAGGCCUAAGGGUCACUUUUUUCCCCUUCCUAUCAAGAUGUUUUUAAGAUCUCAAAAUAACGUCUUAUUUUUGAUGGUUUGAACGCUUGCUUUCUUGUAGCAUCCUUUCUUGAAGCAGAGGGGGAGGACAGGACACUGAUGGUAUUGAUUACCUUUAACUGCCCCCUAAAAAGCAGAUAUUCCCUAAUGACAGUAAUGUGACAGUGACCAUAGGAUGUAUUAUGUGACAGAUACAACUUUUCUGAUAUUUUUUUCUCCGUAAGGCACAAAAAAGAUAACUGAUUUGAGGUAUGUGAAACACUAGAGGUCAAGCUUACAAAGUAGUAUAGAACUGAUGGGUUUAUUAUCAAGUAGCAUAGCUUUUCACAGCUCAUGGUUAACCUAACAUGGCUGAAAUAAAACUGAAAAUAUGUUUUUUAAACUUUGGUAUUUCAUGAUUUAUCAUCUGAGUCUACUUUAAAAUUAGUG